GUAAACCAAUGAAAAUAUUUAAAAUAUAGCGUACACUUAAACUGAUAUAGAUUUUGUUUUUGGGUGAGCCUUUCUUUUAGGUGGCUAAAAAGCGUUUUUCUGCCGGCCCCGUCCACAGCAGUACAUUCCUUUGCAUCUGUGCGGUAACUUCUGUCUGCUUCUCCAAACUGGGGGCGUGCCGACCGUCAUCUACUGUAAGUACCUCAUUCAACCCCACUUCAAAACACCUGAACUAUCCCUUUAAGAUGACCCUUGACUAAGGCGCAUAGUGUGCUUUACUUUCAUGCACAGAACUUCACUCCUUUUGGAAAAAUAAUCUUCAAAUCUUUAGACUUUUUCAUAUGUGGAAAAAAGGACCAAAAUAUCAAAGUGAUUGAUAAUUUUAUGACAACCUGUUUUAUCAGGUGCAUCUAAUAUGGCUUGUCAUGUCAUCCAGGUACUCUAUUCAACAGCAAAGACAAUCUGAAAGACAUUUCUGAGGCAAGCACUUCUUUCUCUAGAACUUCUCCUCCAUAUUUGAAUAUUAUCUAAAUAUGACCAACAAAAAGAAGGACAAUUAUGAGACAGAAAUAGAUUUUAAAUGUAUUUUUUGUGUAUAUAUUGCAUUCCUGCUCCUUUCAGCAUGCUGUAACGUGUUAUAUGUAUUAUAUUGAAUUAUUUUUUAUUUACCCAGUUUCAAAACUUGAAUGUUCAAAGAUAACUUUUAUUAUUAUUGUCUAUUAGAAUAUUAGUACUGUUGUAAGCACUGGUUUUAGCACAAGUUUGGUGUAAAUAAUUAUCUUUUUUUCCGUAUUUCCGAUUUACAUUUUCUGUCUUUCAAAGUUUGAAUUAUUUAAAAUGGUGUUUCAAUACUUUUCAUGCCUCUCCUGGAAGCUUUAAAUUUAUUAAAUAUUCUGAUAUAUCUCAUAUUUAAGGGCUCCGUGUGAAGGUCUUCCCACCACUUGCCUGGAUUUAUUUUUAUUUAAAAUAUAUAAUAAAUUAAUUUUGAACAUCUGAAGGAUGGCUUUUUCCCUCGGAUGUUCAAAAACUAAUUUAUUCUUUUAUUUAUUUAUUCUUUUACUUUAAAGUUCUUGAUGUCGGAGCCCGGAUUUAGCAGAAAUAGCAACAAGAGCAAACAGAAACUCAUCGCCAAACUCAUGCAAUGAUAUUAUCUUCAUUUGAGAUGAGAUAAGAUAAUCUUUUAUUAGUCCCACAGCGGGGAAGUUUGCAGGAUUACAGCAGCAAAGGGGACAAACAACAAGAAGCGUCAGUAAAGAACAAGAUAUAAUAAAUAAAAAGUAAGCAAUAAAAAUGUAAUAAUAUGUAAACAGUAAAAAAUGUAAUACAAAUAUAAAAUAUAUACAAAUAUAGCAGUAAAAAAUAUAGUAGUACACAGACAUUAUUGCACAUGAAAUAUGAAAUGUUGAUAUAGUACAGGAUAUGGGUAUUGCACAGUGUUAUACAUCUUCAUGUCAUGUACAUUUCACUCAUCCGGCCGGUCGACUUAAAAGCCGAAAACACUCCUACAUACAGAGGAAAUAGAAGAUUAUCUCCUCUUCCUUCCUGUUUGUGAUGCAGACACGAUGGUCUCAAAAACAACUUCGAAGUCUCAAAAUUGGUGCUUGAAUUUUAACGAGCAAACAAACUUGAAAUAGUCCUAAAAACAUCAUCUUUCAGAACAGAUCUGUAACAUUUACAAACCUUGGUGGAGUCAUUGCUGGUUAAUCUUUCAUGCAUUUGUACCAGAAACCCUUGAGGCACCUCAUCAUCAUCAUCAUCACACACUAUCAAACUCCUCUGAUGUCCCUCUCUGCGCUUCACUGUGUGUUUAUGUGACUGGUGAUAAUCGUCAUGUAGAAGAGAAUUUGAGAAAGUAAAUAAGAAGCAAUACCUGACUGUUUUUUUCACUGUUGAAUUAUUCAGCUAUAGCACUGGAUCAAUACCACAGAAUGAAAGUGAUGGCUGAGAUCACCUCUGGUAGAAAUGAUCAGCAGAGGAGGAAUAGAUGGAAGGACCACAUCCAGAUGGGGAAAGCGGAUGGAAAAUGCAGAUCCGGCACGUAGAGAUAAAAUAGCUGCCAAACCUCUGGAGAGAGAGAGAGAGAGAGAGAAAGAGCCAGACCAGGGAGAAGGAGAAUCUAUCAGAAAGGCAGGAGAAAAGAAAGGGAGGAGGAGGAGGAGAGCUAAUGAUUGUGAAUAAUAGUGAUUAGUACUGAACGCCAGGCAGCUCUGCGGACGAGAGAGACGUAUUCGUAUUCUCUUUCAUUUACUCUGAGCCAUCCCAAAUAAUCCACAGAGUCAUCUGAAGAUGACACUGAAGAUGAGGAUGUCAUCUAUACUCAUGACGUCAUUUUCUAGCUCUUCCACGCCAUCCAUCCUCCACCAGAACCUGAAGAUCAACUCCUCUGAACAGCCGGGUCCCUGGCUGAACAGCAGCGCCUGGCCGUCCGUCAAAUCUCCAAAUUUAGGGAUGUCCUGCUUCACUAUGAUAUUUGGCGCCGUCUCCAACCUCACGGCUCUGGGCAUCCUGGCUAAGUCCCGCGUCCGAUUUCGCCGCCAAUCCAAAGCACCGUUUCUGCUACUAACAGUGGUUUUGCUUUUGGCUGACCUUGCGGGUCAUGUGAUCCCAGGCGCCUUUGCUUUGUAUCUGCACAUGGACCAGAGGAAGCCCACCAAAGAGUUCUGUCAGAUAUUUGGGGCGAGUAUGGUGUUUUUUGGGUUAUGUCCUUUGCUACUGGGUUGUGCCAUGGCAGUGGAGCGCUGCGUGGCCAUCACACAGCCCUUCUUCCACGCCGCUAUGAUCACAUUGGGUCAUGUGUGGCGAGUUGUGUUAUUUCUGUCCUCUCUUGCACUUGUGCUUGCUGUUCUACCUUUCUUUGCGGUGGGGACUUACACUACCCAGUUUCCUGGGACAUGGUGUUUCUUGCCCAUCCAUGGUCCACGGUCUACAGCAGACACCAACCUGGCUCUGGCCUUCUCCUGUCUGGGCCUCGCUGCGCUCACUCUUUCUCUACUCUGCAACAUCCUGAGUGGCCUGGCGUUGCUGCAGGCCAGAAUGAAGGCCCACAAUGUUGAUACUGAAUCAGCAGCUCGCUGCACUCGUCGUGCCUCGUCUUCCUCCUUGUUUUGGUCGUUGGAUGUGGAGAUGAUGGUGCAACUGGCUGUGAUCACUGUGGUUUCCUGUGUAUGCUGGAGCCCAUUUCUCAUCCACAUUCUUGUGAUGCAGUUCAACCAAAGAACCUCAGCCCACGAGAAAGACGGGUUCGUUCUGCUGGGUUUACGUAUGGCUGCCUGGAAUCAGAUCCUGGACCCUUGGGUUUACAUCUUACUGAGGAGGGCAGUGCUUUUCAGAGUUUUCUGUGCUUUUUACACACAGAGAAACACAGUGACAGAAAACAGGUCCUCCUGUGCAGACAGAAACAGGCAGGCCUUCAGUCUGCAAUGACCCAUGUUGCACUUGAGACUUUUUGAAAUAAAUUAUGUGAAAAAACGUUGCUGUGUUACUUUCAACUUGGUGAGGAGGGUCAUAUUGAGCCAAGCCAAGAGCAGCAGUAUGUGAAUGUGGGAUGGGAACAGACUAGUGAUGUGUUGGUCACGAACGAGCCGGUUCAUUGAGCCGGCUCUUUUAAGUGAACGAUAAGAGCCGGCUCCUGUCCGAGAGCCUUUUUUUUUUUUUUCUUUAAUUAAUUCAAGGCAGAAUGAUAGGACGAUCUCCUCCGCACCACGGGCACUCCAUGCACUGACUGUGACUGAAUGUUGUGUUAAUGACGUCCGUGCGACCAAUCAGGUGAUGACAGACAAGGAUCAUUUCAUCAGGCAGGGAGGGGCAGGGGUGUGCGGCGCGCUGGCAGUCUACAGGUACAGAGCAGGAGGAAGAGGAGGAGAGAAAGAGAGAGGAGUGCGGUGCGCGAAUUGCAGACAAGAUGAGUGACAGUCGGAAACGA